UGUUGGCACGUAGCCGCUUAUUUUCCCCCUUUUUUUAAUCCACGCAUUCAUUUCACUUGUGUGAAAUAUUCGCCAGCGAACUCCAGGCAGAAAGCAAACCACUUGAAAUGACUGAAACCUUCAGAGAAAGCCGUUUAAAGAAAUAACUGGGUGCGACGGUUGAAGUUAACUGGCAAAAAAUAUAACCAUGGUGGUGGCAAGUUGGUGGCGGAUGGCACACAAGACGGGAUAGUUGAAACACUGCACUUUUGGCAGAGGAUGGAUGCGUGCGGAUAGCAUUAUAACUAAUCUCCGGGAUCAAGUAAAGGACGUCAAGGUUUAGAUGUAAAGUUGAAAGUCAAACCGCAGGAGAAAGGGGAGUCUCCGCCCGGAGCGAGACGAGGAGGACGAGGAGGAGGCAUGACGUCUCGGUCCGUGCCGCUUUCUGACUUGCUAAGGCCACUGUUCUACUUUGCUGCUGUAAGGUAGAGCAGCCCCACUCUGCCUGGGAAGCUGUGACAGACGGACGGAUAGACUGCCCUGAGAAGAGUUCUCCUUUUAAUGGAUGCCAGGGUGGCCCUGCUGCUCUUACGGACAGGUCUUGUCCUGCUGACAGCUGAACUGAAGUGGAUUGAUGCCGCAGAGGUCUACACCAACACUUGGGCUGUCCACAUCAAUGGGGGACCAGGGGUGGCUGACCGCAUCGCCAGGGAACAUGGUUUCAUCAACCACGGAAAUGUUUUUGGAGAUUAUUAUCACUUCAGGCAUCAUGCCGUGGAGAAGAGGGCUUUGUCUGGCCAUGAGGGGAUGCACAUCAGACUGGAAAAAGAAGCACAGGUCCUGUGGGCGGAGCAGCAAGUGGUGAAAAAAAGGAAGAAGCGGGACGUCUAUGAAGACCCCACAGACCCUGAUUUCCCCAAGCAGUGGUAUCUGUCCACCCCAACACACCAAGACCUGAAUACAAAAGCAGCCUGGGCUCAGGGCUACACAGGAAGAGGCGUAGUGGUGACCAUACUGGAUGACGGCAUUGAGAAAGACCAUCCUGACCUCAUCACCAAUUAUGACCCUGAGGCCAGCUAUGACGUUAAUGAUGGAGAUGCUGACCCCCAGCCAAGAUACACGCAGCGAAAUGAGAACAGACAUGGAACUCGAUGUGCAGGAGAAGUGGCGGCCGCAGCCAACAACGGCGUGUGCGGCAUAGGUGUGGCCUACAACGCUAAAAUUGGAGGAGUUCGUAUGCUGGACGGGGAGGUGACAGACGUGGUGGAGGCUCAUUCUCUGAGCCUCAACCCUCAGCACAUCCACAUAUACAGCGCCAGCUGGGGCCCAGAAGAUGACGGCAAGUCGCUGGACGGCCCUGCCAAGCUGGCCAAGGCAGCUUUCCUCCAGGGAAUCACAAAGGGACGCAGCGGACUGGGCUCCAUCUUUGUUUGGGCCUCGGGUAACGGUGGCCGGGAGCAAGACAGCUGCAACUGUGACGGCUACACCAACAGCAUUUACACGCUGUCCAUCAGCAGCACCACACAGUCCGGUAACGUGCCGUGGUACAGCGAGCCCUGCUCUUCCACCCUCGCUACCACCUUCAGCUCUGGAAACCCGGGGGAGAAGCAGAUAGUGACCACAGACUUGAGGCAAAAAUGCACAGACUCUCACACAGGGACGUCCGCUUCAGCCCCGCUGGCUGCCGGCAUUAUCGCGCUGGCUUUGGAGGCCAACAUGAAUCUCACCUGGAGGGACAUGCAGCACCUCGUGGUACGAACAUCACAACCCGGGCACCUCAGCGCCGGAGACUGGAAAACCAACGGAGUGGGACGCAGAGUGAGUCAUUCGUACGGCUACGGGCUCCUGGAUGCAGGUGCUAUGGUGGCUUUGGCGCAGAACUGGACGUCAGUGGGGCCACAGCACCAGUGUGUUAACACAAUGCUUACGGAACCGAGAGACAUUGGAAACAAGCUGGUGUUCAGCAAGAGCGUGGAUGCCUGCUGGGGACGACCGGAGUAUGUCAGCUCUCUGGAACACGUUCAGGCUCGCCUCACUCUCUCCCACAACCAGAGAGGAAAAUUGGCCAUUCAUCUCAUCAGCCCACUGGGCACACGCUCCACCCUGCUGUUCCCGAGACCCAAUGACUACUCCUCCGAGGGGUUCAACGACUGGGCCUUCAUGACCACCCACUCGUGGGACGAGGAUCCUCAAGGAGAGUGGAUUCUGGAAAUAGAAAACGUGGCAGCUAAUGGACGUGACUAUGGUGUGUUGAGUCAGUUCACCCUCAUCCUGUGGGGUACGGGACCCAGCGUCGUCAACCCAUCAUCGCCCGACUUCCCUCGGCCGUCCAACAACAGCUGCAAGACAUUUGACGCCCAGCAGAUUUGUAUCGAGUGCAGCCCUGGGUUCUCCCUCUUCCUCCAGGGUUGUGUGAAGUUGUGUCCUCCAGGCUUCACGUCGGGCCCACAGCUCCUCAACCUCUCUCUGGAGAACUGGGUGGACUUAUCCUCCGUCCAGGCCUGCCUGCCCUGCAACCCCGCCUGCCUCACCUGCUCGGGCACCGGGCCCACAGACUGCCUGUCCUGCCCGCCCCACAGCCACCUGGUCCUCACCUCCUGUCUGCACCAGAACCAGGUCCAGCGGAAGUCCCCUCUGACAGGAGGACUCCAGGGUGAUGGAGCACAGCCAGAGGGGGAGAUCCCAGCGGCAGCAGACCACCACAGCGUAGAAACAGAGGAACCUCCGGGGCUCAGCGGCGCUCCGUCCACUCAGCUGCCUGCCGUCGUGGCCGUUCUCAGCUGUGCCUUCAUCCUGGCUGCCUUCGUCGGGGUCUUCCUCUUGCUGCAGAUACGCUCAGGGGGCGCUGCUUUAGGCUGGAGGACCAAACUGCCCUCUGGGUUUUCAGACACGAGAGGGGUGCGGGUGGGCUUUGGUUUUGGCUUCCGCCAGGGACGGGAGAGGAAGGCACGGAUAUGCUAUAAGGGGAUCCCCACUGUGUGGGCGGACGAGGACACGAUCGCCUAUGAGUCUGAAUCAGACAGCGAGGAGGUGGACGGCCACAGCGAGAGGACAGCUUUCAUCAAGACGCAGAGCUCAAUCUAGCUGAAGCUGCAUCUGCAUCCAGAUCAGACUGUAUGGAGCCGAGAGGUGAAGCAGAAGCGCACAGGAUCAGACAAAACACAAAACACAGGCCUUACUGUCCCAUCAGCACGCCAUCCAAACGCAUUAAAGAGUCACUCAUU